AUGGUCAUGGACGUGGCCCAGGUGGACAGCACCAGGGAGCACCAGGCCAAGAAGAGGAAGGCCUCCUCCUACCAUGAGGGGAGUGACGAUGAUACUGGGGACGACAGCAAAUCAGUUCGGACGGACGACCAUAAAAAGCAGAACCAUAGCGAGAUCGAGAAGAGGCGAAGGGACAAAAUGAACACGUACAUCACAGAGCUCUCCGCCAUGGUGCCCAUGUGCCACGCCAUGUCGAGAAAGCUGGACAAGCUGACAGUCCUCCGGAUGGCCGUCCAGCACAUGAAGACCAUCCGAGGCGCCGUCAACUCCUACACCGACGGCAACUACAAGCCAGCCUUCCUUUCCGAUCUCCAGCUGAAACAGCUCAUCAAGCAGGCAGCUGAGGGAUUUGUGUUUGUGGUGGGUUGUGACAGAGGUCGGAUCUUGUACGUUUCAGAAUCUGUUUCUCAAGCUCUAAAUUAUACUCAGUCGGACUUACUGGGCCAAAGCUGGUUUGACAUCUUGCAUCCAAAAGAUGUAGCUAAAGUAAAAGAGCAACUUUCAUCCUCUCACCUCAGCCCUAGAGAGAGAUUCAUCGAUGCAAAAACGAUGCUGCCGGUGAAGACUGAGGUGCCGCAGAGUGGGAGUAGGCUGAGCCCAGGAUCUCGGAGGUCCUUCUUCUGCAGGAUGAAGUGCAAAACAGUGACAACGACGGUCAAAGAGGAAGCGGACACCACCACCGGCUGCCACCGGAGGAAGAAGCAGCAAGGGCAAGGGAUGUCUGAUAGGAGAUAUCGUGUGAUACAAUGUACUGGAUACCUCAAGCCCUGGGCAACAGCUAAGAUGUGCCUAGAGGAAGAGAAAGAAUCGGAAACUGAGGGAGACUUGUGCAAUCUAUCCUGCUUAGUUGCAAUGGGCAGGGUCGUCCUCAUACCUCUUCCACACCCUAGGCCUCUUCGCAGCUCUCAUACUCCUAUAAAUGUCAGGCCCCUCCAGUUCAUUUCCAGGCAUGCAAUGGAUGGAAAAUUUCUCUUUGUUGACCAAAGGGCGACGCUAGUUCUUGGUUUCUUGCCCCAAGAGCUGCUUGGAACCAGUAUGUAUGAAUACUACUAUAAGGAAGACAUUUGUCAUCUAGCAGAAUCUCAUAAAGCAGCUUUACAAAGCAAAGAAUCAAUAACUACUAAGGUUUAUAGAUUCAGGAGCAAGGAAGGAAACUAUGUCCAGCUGCAAAGUGAAUGGAAAUCUUUUCGAAACCCUUGGACCAAAGAGGGAGAAUAUCUUGUAGCCAAAAAUUCUCGUUUAAUGACAAAUUUUGAUUCUCAAGUUGAAAGCAGUGUCGAAAGAACAGAAGGGUCAAAUCAGUCACAAGGAAAUUUUGAUUAUUACCCAAGUUCUCAAAAUAAUGGAACAGAUAUUCCUGGUCGAGACAUACCAAAAUUCAUCUCUUCCAAUGUAGAAGCAAGCAACAUUGGCCGCCAAAUAGCUGAAGAGGUGAUUGACGAACAGAGGAAAGCACUCGACUCGCCAACAACAACCAACAACAGCACACCCUCACCUUCCCACCUUCAGUCUUACACUGAGGUGGGUGUUAAGUAUAGCCUCAGUUCUUGUGAUCUUUCUUUAACAUUCCUUCGUCAUAGUAAGAACUUUGGCACUUUAAAUGAGUUACAGAAUGGUAUAUCUCCACCAGAUCGGCAAUCAAUACUUACAGAAAGUAAUUGUACUGGCCAAACCAUCACAGUUGGAAAAUAUUCGAAUGGCAACGAUGACAGUUAUUCAACCAUUAGAAACAAUGUUACACUUUCUAGUCUUGGCAGUGAUGCAGCAGGAGGUGAUGGGGAUGAAAUGAUGGAAAUGAUUGGUUCUGCAGUGUCUCCACAACAAGCAGUUGCAAAUGAUGGCAAUGAUGAAGCCGCGAUGGCCGUUAUCAUGUCUCUUUUAGAAGCUGACGCAGGGCUUGGCGGACCUGUUGACUUUACAGGCUUACCUUGGCCUCUUCCAUAA